CUGGGGAGUUCCUCCUUCCUCCCGCCCCGAGCUGUUUCCCCCUGAAGCUUUGUAGCGUAGCACCACAUCUGCGGGAGCAGGAUUAACGAUGUUGUGGGCACCGGUUUUUCUAACUUGCUUUUGCUUUCUUUCUUUGGCAGGUGGUUUUAGACAGGCUCGUUUGCCGACAGCUCAGCCUAGUCUAAGGCGCAAGGUGAAUGGUCAUGAUGAGGAUGGAAAUGAGCUACAGACCACACCAGAAUUCAGAGCACAUGUCGCAAAGAAACUGGGAGCAAUGCUAGACGGUUUUAUCACUGUCUUGAAGGAUUCAUCAGGACCUUCACAAACUUCUGUGCAAGAGUCUGACUCUGGAGAUGAUGGCUUUCGCCUCUUCUCCUCCUCCAUCCCAGGAGAUUCUGGGAAAUCGGAACCUUCUCCUCCAGCAAGGAGGAGACAACCGUCUAGCUCCAGUGACCUGGACAGCGACGAAGAAUGGCAAAAGUACCAGGAGGCUGCUGUGUCAGCUGCAGACAUCCUGAAGCAAAGUGCUUUCCCUGCGCUGUCCCAGGAUUCCAGCCAGGAUCUGAAUCACUGUUGUGUAGAGCCCAGCCAGAAGAAAAAGAAGAAAAAGAAAAUCAAGGGAGAGAACAAGAUUCAAGACAAAAUAGUAGACGUGGCAGAGGGUGACCAAACCAGGAAAGAUUUGUGGUGUUUGGUAUCUACAAAUGGACAGGAUGAGAGGCAGGACAGAAAUAAUAUAGAGGCAACACUGUUGCCAGAAAUAGUGAGGAAGAAAAAGAAGAAGAAAAAAAAAGAAUGAAGAUUUGUUCUGCAAACAGCAGAUGAUUGUGAUAGAUGAAGGAUGCUGAAAAGAAACUAACAAAGAAAAAGCUGCUGCAGAUGAGGGAAAAUUAAUAGGCAGAGCUUCUGUUUUAAAAGCUCAGUGGCCUUACUAAAUUCUUACUAAAUGAGUUCCUUUGUUGUUGGCAUCCCUGGAGGAAGGGAACAUUGUCCUUCCCUCACAGCAGUUAUAUGUGCUGGUGCUUAUGCGGACCUAGUGCUGAAAGAUUAAAUACUGUGCCUAGA